AUGGGAGCCAUCCGAGUCAUCUCCACCAAUAGAAUUCAGGCACCGAGUCACAAUAAUGGUGACACAACUCAGAUACUCAAUUUAACACCAUGGGAUCUCCAGCUCCUCCACGUUGAAACCAUCCAAAAAGGGCUUCUUUUUCACAAUCCCAACAACACACAAGACACACAAAUCCAAAUCCAGAACCUCAAACACUCACUUUCCUCCACUCUUGCAUUCUUUCCACUCCUCACAGGCCGUCUCAUCAUUACAGAACACAAAGAUAACACUGCCUCCGCUUAUAUCGCGUGCAACAACGUUGGUGCACUUUUUGUCCAUGCCACAGCAGAGAAAACCAGUGUUGCUGACAUUCUUAAACCCAACUAUGUUCCUCCCAUUGUCCACUCCUUCUUUCAACUCAAUGAAAUGAAAAACAAUGAGGGCACAUCACAGCCAUUGCUAGCAGUGCAAGUCACUGAGCUAGUUGACGGCAUCUUCAUGGCCUGCACAAUCAAUCACCUGGUAGCUGACGGCAAGUCGUUUUGGCAUUUCAUAAAUUCUUGGGCUGAAAUCUCACGUGGUUCCCAUAAUGUAUCCAAACUCCCCCAACUUGAUCGUUGCUUUAACAGUCCCAUACGAUUUCCUUUCACAAAGCAGGAAGAGAAGCAAAACCCUGAAAACUUCAAACGACAAGCACCACCGGUUCGGAUAUUCCAUUUCACAAAGGAGAAAAUAGCGCAACUCAAAUCAAAAGCUAAUGCAGAGGCCAGAACAGACAAAAUAUCUUCUCUGCAAGCGCUAUUAACUCACCUUUGGCGCUUUGUGAUCCGUUGCCAACGUCGUGACCCACAAGAAGAGAUUCAUUAUGACGUGGUGAUAAGCGCUAGAAUAAGGAUGGUUCCACCAAUGCCAGAGGAUUAUUUUGGAAAUGCAUCGGUGGUUGGUCGUGUCACCAUGAAAGCAGGGGAACUGCUUGAGGGUGGGCUCGCUAAGGGUGCUUGGGAAAUAAACAAGAUGAUAGCUUCGUACUCUGAGGAGAAGGUGAAGAGCCAAUGUGAGUCUUGGGUUAAAAACCCAAGGUUUAUUGUUAGCGUGGGCAGUAGUAAUCGCUUGAUCACUGCAAGUUCCCCAAGGUUCAAUGUUUAUAGUAAUGAUUUUGGUUCGGGAAUUCCUGUGGCAGUGAGAAGUGGUAGUGCAAAUCAAAAAUACGGGAAUAUUACUGUGAUUGGUGGGGCAGAAAGAGGUAGUGUUGACAUUGAAGCGUGCCUUCCUUAUGAGAUUUUGGAGGCAAUGGGAAAUGACCCUGAGUUCAUGAAUGCCACUUCCAAAUUAUAA